CUAACAUAUAGGUGUGCCGAAUCUCUCUUCAGCAUAUUGCGGCUGCUUUGGGUACAUAAAGAGUGAAACUUAUGGACGUAUUAACUUAACUGCCAUAAGACAGCAGCUCAAACACAGAGAGCAGAUAAAGUAAAGGCGUGACUGACAAGGACGUUUUUCCAGAUGAAGAGAUGAGUGCUGAAAUCGGCACCAUCCCCACUUUACAAUUGUAUUUGGAUUCCUUUUGGUCAUCCAGCAGCGUAGGAUCACACAAAUCUGACGCAAACACCAACGCAUGGGUAACAGCACCUGCGUCUCUGUACAAGCCUCCCGUUUUCUGUGACGCUAGAAUGGACCCGGCUCAGCCCAGCCCGACUCAAGAUGAAUCCUCAGAACUGGGCUCUGACUUUCAGACUCAGCUCGACCUGUUCCUCAAGCUGGGGUUUUCUCAGACGCAGGUCCGCGCCGCUUUCCUGAAACUCGGCCUCAGCGCAGACACCAACAGGGUUCUGGGCGAGCUGAUACAGGCUGCUGGGGAAUCUGAAGAUAGAGAGGAAUCUACAGCCUCCCCGGUGCUGGUUCCACGUGGGGACGGGUCCAGUAAGACCCAAAAUCAAAGUGCUCCGGCAGUGUCAAGUACUCCAGAAGAGCUGGUAGAGGAUGAGGACGCACUCAGACCUAUAGUCAUUGAUGGGUCUAAUGUAGCCAUGAGCCACGGGAACAAGGAAGUUUUUUCCUGUCUGGGAAUUCUGCUGGCAGUGAACUUUUUCCUGGAGCGGGGUCACGUUGACAUCACAGUGUUUGUGCCUUCCUGGAGAAAAGAACAGCCGCGACCUGAUGUACCCAUCACAGAUCAGCACAUUCUGCGGGAAUUAGAACGGAGGAAGCUCUUGGUGUUCACACCAUCCAGAAGGGUGGCCGGAAAACGAGUGGUUUGCUAUGAUGACCGUUUCAUCGUGAAGCUGGCCUACGAAUCCGACGGCAUCAUUGUGUCCAAUGACACCUACCGAGAUCUGCAAGGAGAGCGCCCUGAGUGGAAGCGUUUUAUAGAGGAGAGGCUUCUGAUGUACUCGUUUGUCAAUGACAAGUUUAUGCCUCCAGAUGACCCUUUGGGAAGACAUGGACCCACCCUCGACAACUUCCUGAGAAAGAACCCACGUGUACCCAAGAAACAGCCCUGCCCUUAUGGAAAGAAGUGCACUUACGGAUUCAAGUGCAAGUUCAAUCAUCCGGAGCGAACCAAGCAAUCCCAACGUGCCCUGGCCGACGAGCUUCGGGAGAAAGCCAAAAUUUCGUCCCCACCGCACAAACCUCAGCCGCUUUCCAGUCAAAAUCCGUCUCUGGAGGAAGUUAUGGAACAGAAACUGUCCCUCGACGUGUGCGAAUCUUCCAAGAAGAGUUACGCCAGUGAAAAUGUCCUUGUCAUUAAAGGAGCCCCCCAGCUAACGCAAAGGAAGUUUCCUUCGAAAAAAGAACGUCGGCAUUCGCCAACAAGCCUAGAUACUUUUACCAACGGAUCUCAAGAGUGUAUGGAUUCUGGCUUGGGUUCCUACGAAUGCCAUUCUCAUGAAGCCCCUCAUUGUGAACGGAAGUCCAAACCAUCCAGCGGUGGGCGGCAUCUCUACGUUCUGGCCAAUAGCCAACCCUGCAGUUGCUGUUCCUACCAAUCCCUGAGAGCCGGAGGAGCCGGUCAGCACCACAGCAGCUCACCAAACCCGGCUUACGGUCAACCCCGCUAUCACUCCUACGGCGGAGGUCCAAUUUACCCUCCCGCCAACAUGUCCCAGUAUUCAUUCCCACACAGCAGAGGGCCUCCUCCCCACCAGGGCUACUGGUCCGACCAUUAUAGUGGCUAUCCUCCGGCAUCCCACAAUGGCAUGCAGCCGGAGAGAGGGCAUGGACACUGGUCCCCUUCCAAUCACAGUCCUCAGUGGUCCGAACGGGAGCAAGUGAGGAAGAAAUUACUCGCAAUUUUCAAUGCACGUUUGGUGGACAGGGCCAUGGACAUGUUCCCAUAUCUCCUCGACCCACAAAGACUUGCAGCAGAGAUUUUGACCCUUCAGUCUCAGGAUGGGGCUUUAUGAUUUUUGUUGAAAGACUAGAUAAGACAAAGAUUCAGACACCAAGAUCUCAACCUCAACCACAAGCGAUUUCAUCCGAGUCGUGUAAUGCAGUGUAGCUCCAUCUCAUUGGUUAAAAAUCCUUAAUAUUUACUAAAAAAAAAUUGUCAGGACUUGUUUUGAAAUAAAUAAUUAUUUUAAUGUCCGCACAGCUUAAACGUACUGUACAAUGAUACUUUAAUAGAUAUUUUAUCUUUCUCAUGAAAUGGACUCAAUUCAAGCCGAUUUAUUUCUGUUGUAUUUUUAAUAUUAUUUGACGUUUAACUAUGGUAAUUCACUAUUAGUUGUAUUAAAAGGGUUUUUUACCCUUUAGCUAUGGUUCUCAGUAUCAGCCUUGAUAUUAUUUUCACAAAAGAUGAAAUUUUAUUUAAUGAUGGCAUGAGUUUGUGUGUGUGUGUGUGUUUGAAGUGUUAUUGUUUAUGGACUGCACUACCAUAUGGUUGAACGUGUUGGCACCAUGUGCCGUAUCUGACGCUUGUUAAGCAGAACUACCAGAGAGGUAGAAGAGUACGCACCCUUUGGUGUAUUUUCCCAUUUGAAUAAGUGCCAAAGCAUGCAAUCAAGUUCUCAAAGGUAAAUGAAAUAAGACUGUCAUGGAGCUUUUGGUGCCUCUGUUUGUAUUUGAACUGUUUA